AUGAGUCUCCAGCACAGCUGAAGAAAUUGUGCAAAUCGCUUCUGCUGGCCAUAGCUUUCUGCGAUCAUACAGCAAGCAGCAACAUGAAGUGGUUAAUCAUUUCACUGAUGUGUAUCCAGCUCUCUGAGUGUCUCCACAGGGUGCAUUUGCACAGGGGAAAGUCGAUCCGGGAAGUCCUGAAGGAGAAUGGGGAGCUGAAACAUUUCUUAGGAACUCACAGAUAUGAUCCUGCCUUGAAAUACCGAGCUUUGUACCCUGACUACCAAUAUCAGACUGGGAAUGAACCGCUUCUCGAUUACAUGAACAGUUUAUACUAUGGCUCCAUUACUGUGGGUACCCCACCCCAGAGCUUUACUGUCCUGUUUGACACUGGAUCGUCUAACCUUUGGGUGCCAUCCAUCUACUGCAACAGUGUACCAUGCAGGAAUCAUGCACGAUUUAAUCCAACCCAAUCCUCAACAUUCACUUCAAGUGGACAAACAGUCAGCAUCAGUUAUGGCUCCGGUAGUAUGUCUGGAUAUCUCGGGUAUGAUACAGUGAAUGUUGCUGGCAUUUCCAUUCCAAAACAAGAACUUGGUCUUAGUGAAAGCGAACCGAGCAGUAAUUUUUAUUAUGCUCCAUUUGAUGGAAUCCUCGGUCUGGCAUACCCGCGUCUCGCAGCAGGAGGGUCUACGCCUGUGUUUGACAACAUGCUAAAAGACAACUUAUUGGAAGAGCCUCUGUUCUCGGUCUACUUGGGAAGGGAUCCAAAUAGUCAAGAUGGAGGUGAAGUCCUAUUUGGAGGGAUUGACGAUGGAUUAUACUCAGGUCAGCUUCAGUGGGCUCCUGUUAUUCAAGAAGUCUACUGGAACAUUGCCAUACAAGGUGUGCUUAUCAAUGGAAACCCUUUCUUCUGUUCUCAAGGCUGCCAAGCUGUAGUCGACACUGGGACAGCAGUAAUCGCAGUUCCAUAUGAAUACUUCAGAACAUUGUUACAGGAGGUUGGUGCAUCAUACGAGAAUGAUGAGUUUGUUGUCAACUGCGACUACAUCGCAGACAUGCCGCCUUUGACCUUUGUAAUCAAUGGAGCUGAGUUCACACUUUCACCAUCAGCAUAUGUCCUUCAGGACGAUGGGUAUUGUACUGUUGGGGUUGAACCAACGUACCUCGCUCCCCCUACUGAUGAUGGGCCGUUGUGGAUUCUGGGUGAUGUCUUCCUCAGAAGUUUCUAUUCUGUUUUUGACAGGGGGAACAACAGAAUAGGAUUCGCUCCAAUCGCCUAAGCAGCACUUGUACAAAUCCAGUUUGAUAUUUCAGCAUAUAAAGCAGGACUUUUUAAGCCAUUCAUUUCUUUGGACCAAUAGUCUACUAUCCUUUUGACAUAUUGGUUUCACUAGUAAUGAAAAUCAGUAAAAUUCUACAGAGGCAGCAGAUCUACAAUAAUAUUCUACAGACAAAUAUCAAGGUGCAAGUCUACCCCUAUUUAAUUUAUAGUAGAUGGAUGGCAAGCAUUUACUCAAGGUUAGUGGGUUUGUACUGGGUUAUAUUGUACUCAGAGGUUUGUCAUUUAAUCUCUCUGUCUUCCUCCCUUUAUCUGGCCCCAUACUUGCUGAAAGCCUGCUACACACAAUCCCUACAGUGCAGAUAAAGGCCAUCCUGCACCAACCCUCCCAAAGCAUCCUACCCAGACCCACAGCUGCACCCUAUCCCUGCAACCCCACAUUUAGCAUGGCCAAUCUACCUAACCUGCACAUUUUUGGACUGUGGGAGGAAACCGGAGCGCCCAGCAGAAACCCACACAGACACGGGGAGAAUGUGCAAACUGCACACAGGCAGUCACACAAGGCUGGAACCGAACCCCUGUCCCUGGCACUGUGUGGCAACAGAGAUAACUGCUCAGCUAUUGGUGCUGCCCCAUAUCUAAAUGGGACACAUUGCUCACUUUUUCCAAUGCCACUGAAAGGUUGUUGGCCUGAAAUGUUUAUAUUUUUUCUGUCCCCACAGAUGCUGCCCAACUUUUUUGAGUAUUUCCAGCAUAUCGUGUUUGAAUUCGGGACUUCUGCAAUACUUUGCUUUUAAAAAUCUGUCUGGCUAUCCACCGUACCCAUUUGCUGAAAUGUUAACUUCAAUGUGCUGUUGUGAAACAAUGAUUUGAAAUAAACAAAAUUGCAAUAAAAACAAA